UUAUACAGUGAGCCAACAAUGCUGGAGGGUGACCUGCCAUUGGAGAAAACCCAACAAUCUGAGGUUUUUGCUGCAACCCGAAUUCCUGGCAGCAGUCGAGAUGAAAUUAAGGUCUACCCUGACAGCAUCCAUGCCAUCAUUACAUGUGUUGGAGGAGUGUUCCCAGUAGACAUACUGCAGCGCUCCACCACUGGUGGGCCAUUAUCUGCUCGGUCCUUCUCUGACAUCUACAACCAGCUGGCUAAAAUAGCUAAGCAGCCCAACACAAGACAGAAGAAUGACCCCUUAACCAUUUGUAGCCUCUCUGCUUUGGACCGCAAAUCCUGGGCUGCCAUUAGGGAAGAGCUCAUUAAGAAAGAAGGAGCUGCGUUAGCAUCACUGGAGCAGAUGGAGAGCGCCGUGCUGACGUUAAGUUUGGAGGACUGCAAUGCACCUUCUGAACUGUCUGACAUCCUUAAUGCAGUGAGACUGGGAGGAGAAGACGGGCCCUGUUUGAGAUACUACGACAAGGUGCUGAAUCUGGUAGUGUUCAAAGACUGCACAGCAGGAUUGCUUUUCGAGCACUGUGCUGUGGACGGGAUGGUAGCUGGCCUCGUAACUGGCAGCGUGUACCAACUUUCUGAGUCAGCUGACGUAAACAUAGUCCACACUGAUGCAGAUAAUGUGAAAGGGUCUGUUCAGCCAACAUCGCUUACAUUUUCUUUGCAAGGGGUAAACACCAAGCCCAGCCCUGAUUUAAAAUCCAAAUAUCCAGUUGUCACUUUUGAUGUGUCUUCAUAUCCGGAUGUAUUUUCAACUCUCAAAAGCCAAAGAGGCCUCUAUGAUGCUUGGAUCAACUUCUCUUUACAACUUUCCCUGAUGCAGACUCUUGGGAAACCCGCUGUCUCUCACAUGCUUGUCACUCCUACCCAUAUGCGCCACUACAAACAUGGCCGUUGUGAUCCCACCUACUCAGCCACCAUGCAGUCCCGUAAGUUAGUCAGUGUCUUGGCAUCUAGCAUUCGCCCCGACAACACCAUCCAAUAUACAAAUAGCAUCCUAAAUUUGUUCCAUGUUGCCUUUUUGGAACACAAGACUCUCAUCAAAAACACUAAAACUGGACAUGGUGUCGGUCCCCACUUAGCUGCCCUUCGUCGAGCUUUACCAAAGGACAAUCCGUUGAAAAAGUUUCUCGACCGCUUUGGUUGUCCGUCUGUGUACCUCACUGGAACCGAUUGGAUGGAGGGAGUAGAGUGUGGAGUUGGUAAUGUUUAUGCUCAGGAUCAGCUAGCAGUAACUUACCUUGGGAAAAGGGAUAAGAUUCGUAUUGUGCUUAAUGCAAAAGGGAGCUUUUCUCUGGAACUGGUCAAGCUGCAGGAGAAGCUGAAGGAGAACUUGACGUUAGUGAUGCUUUUAGCGCUCAGAUAUGCAAUCACUUGUCAAAUGGGAGCUCUGGAGUGUCUCCUUCAACAAAACCAGACAAAGAAAGUAAACAGAGCGAUAAACCACUGUCCAAAGAGCACAUGCAACAACAAAACAACGGCUGACUCGGCCUCAGACAUGAGUCCAGACUAUACGUUGGUGAUACAUGGAGGUGCUGGAGAGGGGAUGAUGAUGAAUGCCCAAGUGAUAAAUGUCAUUGAGUUUGCUCUGCAAACAGCUUUACUCCUUGGAUCCGAAGUGCUCCAAAACGGUGGCCAGAGCCUGGAUGCAGUUCAGAGGUCAGUGGAAGCUCUAGAAGACUGCUUUCUCUUUAAUGCUGGGAAAGGCUCUGUAUUCAACAGAGAAGGCAAAAAUGAAAUGGAGGCAACCAUUGUAGAUGGCAAUCAAAUGAGGUCUGGAGCUGUUGCUUGUGUGCAAAGUGUAAAGAAUCCAAUAAAAGCGGCAAGAUGUGUCAUGGAAAAAAGCUCACAUUCCCUUAUUGUGGGAGAAGGUGCUGAGGAGUUCCUGCUAGGCUUGGAGAAGAAGCCUCAACCUGUCACACCUGACUAUUUUCACACCGAUAUCCGCCACAGAGAACUAACUGCAAAGCUCAGUGUUGUAAACCCUUCAAAAAACAAUCAUCCUCAGACAGUUGGAGCUGUGGCAUUAGAUUCUUGGCGUGGAUUGGCUGCUGCAUCGUCAACGGGCGGGCUAGUGGGGAAACUGAAGGGACGAGUUGGUGACACAGCAGUAGUUGGGGCAGGAAUAUAUGCUGAUAACACAUUAGCUAUUUCCUGUUCUGGAGAUGGAGAUGUGUUUCUGAGGCACACAGUUGCACAGAAAAUCGCCAGCCUCUACCAUCACAAAGGCUAUAGCCUAAGACAGGCAUGUAGAGAAGUAAUGACAGAAAACCUAAAAAAUGUCUGUGCAGGAGUCAUUGCUGUGGACUCUAAAGGGGAUGCUGUUAUAGAGACAAAUGCUGCUGUAAUGUUUGUGGCCUCCAUGAUUGACGGAAUAUCCAGAGUUGAGGUACUUCGGCCCCUGAAUAAUGUCUCUGACGUGAUCUGGGAAACAGAUGAGCUGGUUGCAUAUCUCAAUCCCAAUCCCUGGACCUCCGGGUCAACUAUUUUGACUCGAAAAAUGCUCAGUGGGGCACAUGACAUCUUCCAUUUGGCUGAACCUGAUUUUUUGGUGCUGCUAAAUGGGGCGAAAUCUGUAUCAAAUGUUCUAUGUAAGCAACUGGGAGUGCAGCGUUGCGCUUUGGUUUUUUAUCCCAACCCAAAUCAGGCAGCUCAAAUUAGACUGCUCCCACUUCAUGGCUUAGUGCCGAAGUGGCAGCCGCAUCUUGCCAGUCAGGAGGAAUUUCACUCUUACCACCCUGGAUACUGUUCAUCUAAAAGUGGACCUCGUUGGGAUGAUGAAGCACUGGCCAAGGUUCAAGCCCACAUCAGGAAAGGACUACCAACAACAAAUGCACCUUCUAACUUUGAAUUUUUUGGAGAUCUCUCUGAUGAAAACCUGUUUAGUCGGAUUGUAAAAGGAGAGGAAAAACAGUGGAGAGUAUGGGAAGACAGUCAACAUGUUGCUUUCCUCACACCAUACCCAAACACUCCUGGAAUAACUGUGGUGGUGCCACGCAAACCACUGCCCAGUGACAUCAUGAAGCUGGAAGAAAAAGACUACAAAGCACUAAUCUUGGCCACUUAUAGAGUUGCCCAACUACUGGCGGAAGGAAUGAGAGCUCAAGGUGUUGCACUAAUCUUUGAGGGCUUCGAGAUCGACUACGCUCACACCAAGCUGAUUCCUCUGCUACCUUCCCCCGAAGGUCCAACGAUUGUUAGACCACAAGCAGAAUUCUUCCCAAAGUACCCUGGCUAUGUGUCAUCCCUUGAUGGUCCACCUGCUGACCUAGAUGACCUCAAAACACUGUACUCUAAAAUCACUCAGUGCAGGGCUCCACAAUCUUGGAAAGACCCUCAGUCACACUCCACAUUUGCAAUCACCAGCCAGUGGUAUCGCAACCUGUUCCAGAUACAGAACACUCUUUUCCACAGCACGGUGGAAUAUUUUAGCCAUUCUUGCAAGUACUCUUAUGCUCUGACGCCUUUCACUACAGACACUAUCUCCUCCCCAAUGGGUCUUGGGUCUGACUCAGAGCCAGUUUCCGUUCACCUCUUGGGUCAAGACAUCUAUCUGGCCGACUCCAUGCAAUUUGUGCUUGAAUACUUCCUCCGCUUCCAGGAGAACCUACAGGGUACCUACUACAUCUCUCCUAGCUUUAGAGGAGAAGAUCCUGAUUCCACACACUUGAAUCAAUUUUAUCAUGUGGAGUGUGAACUGUUGGGGGACAUGGACCGUGCUAUUUCCAUCGCUGAGAGAUAUCUGGCUCAUCUCACUAAGUCAAUACUCAAGAAACACUCUGAGAUAAUCCUCCACACUGCAGGGACCCUCACACAUGUCACAUCCAUGCUGAGUAAGUUGGAGGGUGAAACCCCAGUGCCACGGGUUUCUCUUGACCAGGCCAUUCCAAUGAUGCCCUCUGCUGAUUGCUUGGAGUGGGUCCAAGACGGCCAGCCCCAGUUUGGAAGAAAGCUUACACGAAAAGGAGAGCGGGUGUUGAUAGAAAAAUAUUGCGGUGUUGUUUGGUUGACUGAGAUGGACCAUCUAGCGGUUCCCUUCUACCAGGCUUAUGUGGAGGGCAGUGGGCGAUGCAAAGCCAAGGCUGCAGACCUUCUGCUGGGCUUGGGAGAGACUAUUGGUCUUGGUGAACGUCAUUCUACCCCUGCAUUGGUACAAAAGGCUCUCAGACACCAUGCAGUUCCACAGCAGUCCUACAAGUGGUACACUGACAUGCGGCAGGUGAAACCACUCCUUACCAGUGGUUGGGGGAUGGGCACAGAGCGAUACCUGUGUUGGCUGCUCCAGCAUGAUGACAUCAGAGAUAUACAGAUUAUUCCAAGACUAAAAGGAAUUAAGUAUAUGCCCUGAUUUUCGAUACUCUUCGCCCAACAUACUGUAAAAUUCAUGGCUAAGGAGAAAUACUAAGCAUGAACUGCACAGUACUAGUAUUGCCACUCAAUGAUGCAAGCUAUAGGACAUUCCAUCAUAUUUAUUUUGCAUUUCUUUCUGUUUCAAUUGCUACAACAGUUAUCUUCUUAAUAUGUGCAACAACUAAUUACAUGUUUAGAAUUGUUUUAAACUUGCAUCAUCAGUUGAUCGAAUGGUUUGAUUACUGUGGUUAUUAUUUAAUACUGGAUCACAGCAUAUACUGUAUAAAUAAAAUAUAAUCAAAUUCUGAUGUUGUCCUAAAAACAUUGCAUUUUAUUAAUCUGAUGCAUUUCGUGUUUUUUAACUAACAUUUCAAAUCAACUUGUAGCGUUUUAAUGGAGGUAUAUAUGAUCUUGCCCCAUAUAUUUUUCAAUAAAAUAACAAUACAAUCUUCUGUUUUAACCAAUAACUAACAAAGUCCAAUGAAACUUGUUCUCUGAUCAUGGUAGCAUCAUGUUUUAAAUAUUUGUGGAUUCAACUAAUGGACAACCAUUUUGAUUGUGAUGUUCACAGAGAAUAAAUACUUC